AAAGCAAGAAGGACGUGGCCUUCUAUUAGUCACGUGGAACAGUGGGUUUUGUCUCGGUUCAUAUCAGACCACUUCAGCUGAUUUCACACUCCUUUAAAAAUGAUGUAAUGCCUGCCUACAUUGAAAAAGAGCCAGGAGCACACAAAGACAAUGAGUACAUUUUAUGGUGAUGAAAUCUUAAAAACAAACAAACAAACAAACAAACAAACAAACAAAACAGGUUCUGAGCUGCUUGCAGGAUAUUUAUCCCCUGUUUCAAGUAUCUUCUUUGUUUUUUUAUUCCUGUGCUUCUACCAAACCACAGUGAAUCGAGCAGGUGUUGUGUGAAGAUUUGUGGGCAAACAGUGACGGGGUGGUGAAAAUGGGUUUGAUUUGUUUUGUACAGUUUGCAGAACAAAGCUGUUGGUUCAGUACGGAGUGUGUCCCCUCUUGCCUGGUGCUGCAAACAGUGUUUAUGCACCUUCCCACCCCUCGCCCUUUAUUAUGCUGCACAUGGAUGACAUAGGACUGAACCAGUGCGGGCUGCUCUAUGCUCCAGCUGCAUCUGCUUGUGAGCCCACAGGGGAAUGGUGUGUGUGUGUGUGUGUGUGUGUGUGUGUGUGUGUGUUAGUAUAUGUGUGUACUCACUGCCUGUGCACCAAUGCUGCCAGGAAAUAUGGGUAGAGUGCAGGGAUUGCGGGGCUCUGCACUUACCUAAGCCAUUCACAGGCUCAGCAUCACACAGUUGAUUCAGCACCUUGCUAAUAGCGCACACAUUAACUGCAGCACAGAACAGAGGAGGAGUGCAGUAAUGAGAGAGAGAGAGAGAGAGAGAGAGAGAGAGACCGGCUUUUAUUGCCUCUCAGUGUGUGUGUGUGUGUGUGUGGACGUGUGAGGGGGAACGUCUGUGUUGAGCAAAUGUGUGCACGGUGCGUCUAGUGUGUGUUUGUGAGAGUGAGAGAGGGAGGCAGAGAGAGAGAGAGAGAGUGAGGGAAAGAGAGAGGGAGUGAGAGCGGACGUGUGUUAGUGAGAGCUGGGAGGAAGGAUGGCCGCUCAUGUUUGAACUGCCUCAGAUGCUCAAAGGAAGAGUCAAGGCAAAAAUUCAGCAGAGAAACAGACGUCUCACUUGGGGACGCAUCUUGUUCAUCAUUUGUGGGGAAGCAGAAAAGAUUUGGCAAUGCCCGCUGAAGUGAAAGAGGAGCAGAGUUCAGAGGGGCCUCCUCCACUAUCUUUGUCCCAGGAUGCUAAAGAGGCCACGCUGGAUAACCCAUCCACCAAUGACGAACUGGACACGCCCACCUCCAUCGCCUCGAUGAUGACCUCGACCAAUGAGAGCUCCACGGAGACCGACACCCCGCUGCAGACAGACACUGAGGAGUCCAAGGCUGUGGAGCAAGAGGGCGAACAUGCACCCAUUGAAAGCCAAGAAUCCUCAGAGAUACAGCAGGAGAACUUCGAGACAUCAGACACACCUGAUCUCACAUCGACUCCAGAGGUUCAAGAUAACACUCCGACUGAGCAACCGGUUCGUGAAGCAAACAAUGAACCCUCUGAGUCUGUUACACCGACCACAACAACAACAGCACCCCCACAACCUGAGGUGGUACCACAGUCUGGGGAGCCUCAGCCAGUGAAUUCAGACAGGCAGAGCAGAGUGUAUACCCUCCCUGAUAACUACAGAGGCAUCGGGGGUGAAAUAUGUGCAGGAUAUGGAAGCUUGUCCCGUGCCUCCCUCCACAACUACUGGCCUGCCAAGAACUUCCAGCCCGGGGCUCACUACACCACCUUACCCUUCCUCAGGGACAGCUACGCUCCUGCAGGUCUCAGCAGCCAGACAGAGGAGGACGGACUUAGUGAGCGAGGAGAGAACCCCCUGGACAUGAAGACUGACCACCCAGGUGCCACUUACCCAACACUGGGGGGAAUUCAUCAGUUCAGACCAAUUACCACCAUGGAGCUCCUCAGGGAGCCCUCCAGAACCAGAGGUGGCUAUGAUGACGCGUUCAUGGCCCAGCUGGAGGGAAACCUGAAUCCUUUCUUUCAGGCUAUGUGCCGAGCACAGACCCUGCAGUUUCCCCACAAACGCAGCAGCAUGGUCAGCCUCGACAGCAUCCGCAGAGACCCACGCUGGAGAGACCCCAACUUGCAUGAGGUGAUCUCAAUGCUCAGCCACCCAAUGGACCCAGUCAAGUCUAAUGCUGCCGCCUAUUUGCAGCACCUGUGUUACGAGAACGACCGCAUCAAGCAGGAGGUGCGCCAGUUGAACGGGGUGCCAAUGUUGGUGGAAUUACUGGACCACCCUAAACCUGAGGUUCACCGCAAGGCCUGUGGUGCUUUGCGCAACAUAUCCUAUGGAAAAGACCACAACAACAAAAUGGCCAUCAAGAACUGUGACGGUAUCCAAGCUUUAGUCAGGCUCCUGAGGAAGUGUAGCAGCAUGGAGGUCAAAGAGUUAGUCACAGGCACUCUGUGGAACCUCUCCUCACAUGAACCGCUGAAGAUGAUGGUCAUCAACAAUGGGCUUCAAACACUGACCGAUGAGAUCAUCAUCCCACACUCAGGCUGGAGGAAAGAUUCAGUUGACCCCUCCAAACAGAUGAGUGCUGAGUGGACCACCGUUUUCAAGAACACCUCUGGAUGUCUGAGGAACGUCAGCUCAGAUGGGGCGGAGGCUCGACAGAGGUUGAGGGAGUGCGAGGGGCUGGUGGAUGCGCUCCUCCAUGCCCUUCAGUCAGCUGUUGUCAACAAAGACACUGACAAUAAGUCGGUGGAAAAUUGCGUCUGCAUCCUGCGAAACCUGUCCUAUCAUGUCCACAAAGAAAUACCAGGAAUGGAACGAUUUCAGGAACCCCAUGCCAAUCAUCUGAUGAGGUCAGUGGGGCACCAGAAGAAGAAGAAUGAUCCUGAUUGUUUUGGAGGGAAAAGACCCAAAGAGGAGUGGUUCAAUCAAGGUUGGAAAAAUGGAUUUAUGGACAGAAAAUAUGGUACAUUGGACUUACCAAAACGUACAGAACAAAUGAAAGGGUUGGAGCUGCUGUACCAGCCAGAGGUGGUGAGGCUCUACCUCUCUCUUCUCACCUGCAGUCACAACCACAACACCCUGGAGGCAGCUGCGGGAGCGCUGCAGAACCUUGCUGCAGGACAGUGGGCUUGGUCCAGCUACAUCAGGGCCACAGUGCGAAAAGAGAAAGGGCUGCCUAUUCUGGUGGAGCUUCUGCGCUCAGAUGUGGACAAAGUGGUUCGAGCUGUGGCUAUUGCUCUUCGCAACCUGGCGAUGGAUCGAAGGAAUAAAGACCUAAUAGGAAGCUAUGCUUUAAGGGACCUUGUUGGUAACCUGCCUUGUGGACAGCAGCAUCCAGCGAAGAAUCUUGAGGGAGAUACGGUGGUGUCUAUUCUUAACACUAUCCAUGAGAUCAUCACAGACAACCCAGAGAAUGCCAGAGCCCUCAUACAGGGUCAUGCUGUGCAGAAACUGGUGGCCAUCAACAAGUCAAGCCAAUCAGCACGGGAGACCAAAGCAGCUUCCCAUGUCCUCCAGACAAUAUGGGCCUACAAGGACCUGAGAAAUACUCUGAACAAGGCAGGUUGGAACAAGAGCCACUUUAAGCCAACAACUACCGGAGUGACUAAAAAAUCCAAGGGUGGAAAGCAAGGCGGCGAUGACAUCACCUUGCCUCUCAUGGACAAAAACCAAGAUGUAUAUUCCAGCUUAGAGCCAAAUGAUAGGGUUGGAGAUGGAAAAGGGCCUGUUGCAGAGAGAGACGCUCUCCAGGCGACAAGUGAGAGAAAACACUUCAUCAGAGCUGGCAGGCCUGCAGUGGGCCUCAUGGAUAACAAACCUCCACCACUGGACUCCUGGGUGUAAACACGACAACACAGCCAGUCAAGCUGGAAAAAUCCUGUAGAGACACUUUACACUGGUGAAAUACAGAUUUGUGCCAUGGAUCAUUCUUGUACAGAAAGAGAAACACAUUGAAUUAAAAGUAAUUUCCUUUGUUUACAGGAAAUAAUGUGCCAAACACUUACAUGUAUUUAUUACGGAGAAUAUUUGGAAAUAGAUUUGAUGGAUUUUGUCUUUUAGGAUAAUGUACUGUCUAUCUAAAACCCAUGAUGGAUUAUGUAUGACUCCGAAAUAGCCUAAAUAUGCAAGAAUCAAGACUCCAAAGAAUAUAUAACAGAUACAAUUUGAAUUUUACUGCUACACGAGUAUGAGAUCAUUUAUAAUACUUAUAGUUUGUCAAGCUAUUAAGGCCUAAAGUGACAUGUAGAUCUGUUGUUAUCUAUUCCCAUGGAUAAAGAAUGGACUAAAGAAGAUUCUAAUAUAAAAUCAUUUUAAAAAUAUUUUUGGUCCGUGUUUGAGAUAAUUAGGAUUAGGGCUGUCGUUGGCCUCGUCAUCAAAAACAUCCAACUUAUUUGGAAUUCAGUUUAUUCUUGACAAACCUGCCAUCAGACUACUGUGCGGUCAUUAGCAAAUCCUCUCUAUUCCAUUUGUUUUCAUGAUAGGAAAAAUGGGAUUGUAAAUGUGUAACAAAGGACUGUUAAUAUUCUAAAUGAAGGUAUUUAUAUUGUAAUAUUUAUUGUAAUACCCAUCUUAUUAAUUAAAGGUUAUUGAUGUGUAUUAGCUAAUACCAGUAAGUGAUCCUACAUUCAGUACAACUCUGCUUUGCAGUGGUCCUUUUUGCAUUGCGAUGUUGAAUGAAAAAUGAAAAUAAAUGAUGUGCAUAAUUUCUCAUUUUUAUUUGUAUUCUCUCUAUUUUGUAUUCAUCCACUGGCCAGUUAAAUAACCCUGUGCUGAACAGGCUUAAAUUAAAAGAUAAAAUAAACGAUCCCUA